AUGGACGACCUACAAGCGACAGCCAAGUGGGCAAACCGCAUCUUACGCCCUCUGACCUCGAUUUAUCGUCGACUUGAGAAACACCAGGAGACGCUGGCAAUAAUCGCGGCCGAAUCGAAACUUGAGAGGACUGUGAAUGAUAAUACCAAAGUCACGCAUAUGCCAAGUAGGCUUGAAACUGUGGUCGACCAGGGUAGUAUUCCCGGAUCAGACGCGGACGAAGACGAUCCAGUCUGGAUACCGGGGAAGCAGCCCGAUCAACGACGUGUCAGACAUAAAUUCUCGAACCGAGGUGCAAAGACUACAAGGAGAAGAACGCGUAUUUCAGUGCACAGCCCGGAAGCAAGUCGCACCCUGCCCGGCGCAAUUGAAUUGGCGACGCCCCUAAUCACUGGGAAGAGAUGGGAGGCACCAUCGAGUGCUCAAUCACAGGGCUCUGCAGAACAACCCAAGACCAGGAAAUCUCAGGGUCAAAUUGAAGCUUUCCGUGAUAGAUACAAACUCCAGAAGAGUCCAUGGCAGGAGCUGCUCGAUCAGUCAGGAGAUACAGGAUUUGCCGACAUCGCAAACAAUCUGGAUCGUGUUCUCCAGAACUUCCUUUGCAAUACCAGGCUUCACAAAGAAACGCCGAGUGAGGCAAAAAAAAAGCCUGAACGAGGCGCGCGCUCGUUGAUGUCCAUGGUUGCCCGACGCUUACCGGAGUUCAUUGCAAAGGAGCAGGAAGUGCAGGAUGAGAUGGAAGAAAAUAAGGACGAUGACAUGACUGGCGCGUAUUUCACUGAACUCGAGUCGUUUUAUGCCCCUCAUGGCAGAGGAUGGAGGCCACUACGCGAGGCUGUUCGGGCUCAGGGCAUAUAUCUGGUUACCAGAAUGAUUUACAACAAAUGGGUUACAGAUCCAAUUUCCUGUGCUCUGAUAGAAAAAUGCCGAUAUCACGAACCAGAUGCAUGCGAGGCCCUUCUGACGACUUUUCUCUCCACGUCCAAUACCUGUCCUUUCCCUCUCGCCCUCAACCCUCCCGUCGACUGCAGCAGACCUGGAGAUCCACUACGACUACUGCGCAAAUAUGCGUCUUACGGCCCUGCGCAUCGCUCAUAUAUCUUUGAUGAGCUAACCAAACUUCUUAAACAAGGCAUUCUGCCUCCACAAUGGAUGUCAACUAAAUUGUGGACGAGCUGGAUGACCCAAGCCACAAUAUCUUUUUCUAGAGAAGACAAUGACUCUGCUUUUGCCUCACGAUUGAUUGAGGCCGUUUUGGUAUCUUCAAGUGAUGUACAAUUGGCAGCUUGCUUCACGCAGGCUACAAGAUCCCUCCCUGAGAAAGGCCGAGUAAGAGCCACUCGGGCUUCAUCCAUAGGACAAGCAGGCAGGCCCGACAUGGUAAGCCUAUGCCCGGUGUCUGUAGAAGUUGCGUUCAGCAACCACAUCACAAGUCUUUUGUCAGCACUAUGUGGUAUACACAUAUCACGCUCUCGUGCACUCGACGAUUGGGCCGAAGUGGACGGAACCAAAGCAGGCCAUAUUAUCAACCGUACUUGUUAUAUGGUGGAAAGGGACAUGGAACAGAACCCACUUCCAAAGGCGACAGCAGUCACGUCACACCAACUAUUCAGGCGGGGUUGCAUUGUCAUGGCAAAUUGCCUUUUACACUGUAACGACGCAAUUCUCGAAAACGACGACGAGUAUAUGAUCCCACCAGCGCCUAGUCUUGAAGGCCUUUGUGAAUACUUGUCUAGCCGAUCUGAUUCCGUCAAGGAACUAGCAUUACUCGUCCAACAGGCCUUUCGCUGUUUUGGCGGUGCUCCUUCAAGUGACGACCCCGAUAUGGGUAGGGAUGUCCGCCGCAUGGUCUCUCGAAUGCCUCACUUGGGAAAGCUGCCUUGUCUUUCAGCGCUCCUCGGUCAAGUCGCUGUGGAAACCGCCAUGCACUUUGCGGAAGGAACCGAUGAUCCAGAUGACCACCUGUGGGCAAUCGAGAUCCAAGAAACAGUCAUUGCUCUCCACAAUGGAAAAAAAGCAAGUACCGAUACUUCGGAUCAACUAGAAGUACGAACUCAAAGUAGAGGAUAUCGAUGGGAAGAAAGCAUUGGCGAAUGGGUAGCUCGAACCCCUGCAGCCAAACCAAACCCAGCGCCUAAAGUGAUCAGAGGACGCAACUCAAUGACUGCGAAGCCACUUCCAUACAUUCCCUGCUCAACCGACAGCAGCUUUUCCGACUCAGAAACCUCUGUGAGGACCGCUUCAAGCUUGACUUCUUCCCCUACAUCCGCGGAGUCCACCUCUAUUGGGGUAAAACGAAGUAGUGCGGUGACAGAAUCGUCGCCGACUCGCCCGGCUAAACGUCGGCGACCAGACCCGGUGAUUUUGGAAAAUCCCGAAGCCAGCAGGGAUACUCCUAGUAUUGUGACUCGGUCCUCGGUUUCGCAGCGGGAGCCCUCGCGUCGUCGUAUUUUGCGUGAAAUGACCGAUCACCACCAGCACAAUCGGUUGGCCCCCACGAGGAUAAGCUCCAGAAACAAGGUCGAGGUCGUGAUCAUUAAUCAAAGUGGGAGCGCUCCGAGCGAAGAGCCUCCACGACCUGUUCCGGAAUCCGUCCAGAUGCAGGUACACCGAACAAUGGAGCGACGAAGGCCCGGGCGACGAGAACUUUCUGGUGUAUCAAAAUCGGCAGUACGCGAAGUUCCUACCCGGAGCUUGAGAACGGUCAUUCCCUGUUCCGACGAAAGCGAUGACGAGCUUAGCUUUCUAUGA